GUACAUGGAAAAACUGAUAUCUGUACACCAAAUCAAACUAUUAUACUAACAGAAAAAGCAAGCAAAAAUUUACAUUAUAACUUUUCACCAAAAUAUAUAAAUAAAAAACCAUUACCAAACCCUUUUUUGGUGAAUCAACAAGAGAAAAAAUAUGAUUUUGAAUCUGACGAUAAUGAUAAAGAAUUCAAUACAAGUCUAACGAUUGUUGAUAGAAAAAACACUGAAUGGAUUGUAAAUGGGAUUAAUAUAAGAGAAUGUCUCAAAGAAUAUCAAUUAAAAAAUAAUCUGUCGAAAAUGUGUCUAGAAUAUUAUGAUAUUAUAUUUUUCAAUUUUACUAAUGAAGGAUUUUUGAAGACAUUGGAUGAAAAUAUUAUAACACAAAUGUUUAGUGAUAUAAGUGAGAGUGAAAUCGAAAUUACUGUAGAAAAUGAAGUCAAAUUGUUAUUAGAUAGUAUCAUUGAUCGUGAUAUUAAAAACACAAAAGAAAGACUCAAUCAAGUAAAGGAAGAAGAUACCUUUUUAUUUGAAAAUAAAUUCGCAUUGAAUUUUGUAAGACACAUGGUGACGCUAAUGGAAGAUAUUAAUUUAUUAAUUGACCCAAUGUCAGAAGGCACAUAUAUCAGUAGUGUUCUAGCACCCAUUUUUGAUCAAUUUUUUUUAAAAAAUAAAAAACAAUGGCAUGCAUCUUAUGGUGAAACUUGUCUUAAAGUGAGUGCAAAAGAUAAAAAUUCGCAAAAAGAAGAUUCUGAACGCCGGUCGCCCGGAAAGAAAAUCGAUACAAUUAUUAAAUUACGAGAAGAAAAUGAAGAAUUUUCUGUCAUUGAAAUUAGUGAACUGCCAAUGAAGAAUGACUGGUCGCAUUAUAAGGGUGAUCGAUUAAAGAUCGGCAAAAUGUUAAAAACGAUAAUGAAUCAUUUUGCAGAAAUGAACCCAAGUUCCGAUAUUACAUUAAUCAAGCUUUAUGGGCUUCAAACAUAUUGUAUGGUUUGA